AUGUCCAACAAACAAAUCCUCUACAACAAAACCCCCACACCAUCAAUCGACCCAACCCUCAACACAGGCACAUUCCGCCUAAACACCAUCCCAAUCCCCCAAGAUGUCCCCCCAAACAACCUCCUCGUCCGAACACACUACCUCUCCCUCGACCCCGCAAUGCGCCAAUGGCUAACAGCCAAACGUUCAUACAUCGCCCCCGUCGCCCUAAACGCAAUAAUGCGCGGCCAAGCCAUCGCCCAGAUCCUCAAAGUCGGAUCCACCCUCAGCCCCAAAUACAAAGUCGGCGAAUGGGUCGUAGCCGGAACAGGAUGGCAAGAAUACGCCCUAGUCACCGAGAAAGAGGUUGAAAAAGUCACACUUCCACCUGGUGGCAGGCCUACGGAUGCUAUGUCGGUCCUAGGCAUGACGGGGUUAACGGCUUAUUUCGGUAUGGUGGAGGUUGGAAAGCCGAAGGAAGGCGAUACGGUUGUUGUUUCUGGUGCUGCGGGUGCGACGGGGAGUAUUGCGGGACAGAUUGCUAAGAUUAAGGGUGCAAAGAGGGUUAUUGGGUUAGCGGGGAGUGAGGAGAAGUGUCGGUUUUUGGUUGAGGAGUUGGGAUUUGAUGCUGCGGUUAAUUAUAAGGAUGCGCAAUGGAAGAAGAAGCUCAAGGAGGUGACGCCGGAGUAUAUUGAUGUGUUUUUUGAUAAUACUGGUGGUGAGAUUUUGGAUGCUUGUCUUGCUAGGGCGGCGAGGGAUUCGAGAUUCGUUAUCUGUGGUGCUAUUAGUCAGUAUAAUGCUGCGAAGCCGCAGGGGCCUACGAGCUUUAUGCAGGUUAUUGCGCAACGGGUUACUAUCAAGGGUUUCAUCGUUUUCGACUUCGUGAAGCAGUAUCGGUCUGCGUUGCAGGAGCUGGCCUCCUGGCUUGUGGAGGGUAAGCUCAAGCGUAAGGAACAUAUUGUUCUGGGUGGAUUGGAAGGAGCUCCUCAGGGUCUUGUUGAUCUGUAUGCUGGUGCGAAUACGGGCAAGAUGAUGGUGGAGGUUGCUCCGAUGAGCGAGGCAUUAGGACCCAAGUCUAAGCUGUGA